AUGGAGGCUUUCACGAGCCUGGGGAUCGAGGUCGCACGCCGAGGGCUCACGGUGACAGGCGCGCCGGCGGGCAGCGUCUCGUUUGUGGAGCGCAGCCUCCCGGAUCGUCUCGAGAGGAUGCGGCGAGUGCUACCUUGGCUUCGAAGGUUGCGCCAGCCCCAGAAAGCCGCUCGCCUUCUUUCGGCGUGUGUCAGCACUCGCCUGCAGUACUUGUCGAGGACCGUCCCUCCCUCGCCCGCAGUGCUCUCCAGCUUCAAACGCUUCGCUUCACGUGAGCCAGAGCAGAUCGACCGGGCUCUGCAGACGGCGCUAGAGGAUCUCCCACCUGACGUUCUCUCUCUCCUCCCCUCCUGGCCCUCUUGCGCUUCUGCCUCCCCUGAUUAUUUUUUUGCAGGAGCGAGUCGCCUUCUGGAGGCGCAUGCCUUGGAGGUCGUGCGUGCUCGUCACACCUCUCCCUUGCACCUUGCCCAUUUGACUUCCCUUCAGGGCGGAGGUGCAGGAGCGUGGUUUCAGUCGGUGCCGUACGCCGAUCUGCUGCGAUUCCCGGAGUCACACCUCCUGCCCCUCAACCAUCCACUCGUUUACCUUCUCCUCCCCCCUCCCUCCUCUGUUGCACGCUUCUUCCUUCCUCUCGUUAACCCACUCCACUUCUUGCCCUUCCUUAAUCCGCACCCUGCCCCUCGUUUCUCGCCCCCUUGCGCUUGGUUUCUCCCCUCCUUGCCCCUCGCUGCCUUUCUCCGCUCCCCUCCUCCCCCCUCUUCCCGCCCCCCCACUCUUCCUCCCCUAUCCUUGGCUUCCCACCUCCCUGCCCCACGUUUCCCGCCUCCGUGUGCUCAGCCUCUCCCCUCCCUGCCUCUCCCUCAUCCCCGCCCUGCCCCUCGUUUUCCGCCCCCCCACGCCCGGUUUCUCCCCUCCCUGCACCUUUCUAUCUUUCUCCGUGCCUCUGCUUUGUUCCCCCUGCCCCUGGCCGCCCAUGCUUCUUCCAUCCCUAAGCCUACCUUGUACCCUCUCUGCCCCUGCUUUGUUUUCCCGACACCCAUCGCUUCUCCCAUCGCUGUCCUUCGCGCGGGCAAGCCUCCCUGGGAGCCCCCCACCCCGUUGAGUCGUUCCCGAGCCCGAAAAACGUGGCUCCCGGAGCUUGCGGCCUCUGCUGGCUCUCCUGCUGCUGCCUCUGCUGUCCCCCCUUUCCGCCGUGGCUGGUCUGCUCCCCCUGCCGUCCCCUCUGCCCACCCGCCCCUUGCGCCACCCAACCACGCAGCUGAUGCUGUCCCUACUGCCCUCCGCCGCCAGGCUGUCCCGCCUCGCCCCUCUGCUCCAACGGCCCACCAGCUCGCGUCCUCUCUCCCACUUCCAGCUGUCCCUGCAGUCUCGCCCGAGCUGCCUCCAGCUGUGUAA